CUGACGUUAACCGCACCGUGUCUGCAGACGAAACUUACCUAAUUGUCCGAGGUCGAGCGUUUCAACUGCAUCCUCUGAUAACAUGAAGCAGGGACUUUAUCUGAUGCGUAAAUGUCGAAAUCUUAACAAAAAUUGGAUGGCUAGAUCCCUCUCAAAUGCCCCACCUGAAGUGGAUACAGGUGUUAGUACUGAAACAGAAAAGGCAAGUGCUGGAAAACAUCUGAAGUUUACAGCUACAAGCCCCCGACAGCCAGUCGUUGCAACAGCAGUAGUGACUGAGGUCAGACUGGAAUCCCCAGCAGUAAGAGGCAUAACCCUUCAAGUUGAUAAUCCAGAUUUCAGCUUCAAGGCUGGUCAGUGGAUUGACAUGUUUAUUCCAGGCAUAGAAACAAUUGGUGGGUUUUCUAUGUAUUCAUCCCCAAACCAGCUUGCUGAAAAAGGAACCCUGGAGCUUGGCAUUAAGUUUUCAAAAUGGCCACCUGCAUUUUGGAUCCAUGAUCAAUGCAAAAUUGGGUCAUCAGUUGCCAUCCGAGUUGGAGGAGACUUCUGUUUUGCCCCUGAAAUUGGGGACCCCUCAUAUGACCUACUUCUGAUUGCUGGUGGUGUGGGACUAAAUCCCCUGGCCUCAAUAUUUAGUUAUGCAAGUCAUCUACAUAAAUUAUACCAAGAAAACCAUGAAGAAUAUUGUCCUGGAAAAAUAAAGUUAUUAUAUUCAGCCAAAACAUUUGAAGAUUUGUUAUACAAGGAAGUGUUAGAUACAAUAUCUUCUAAUAAUCCCAACAUGGAAGUUCAAUAUUUUACGACUAGAAGUAUGCCACCAAAGUCCAGUAAUGCAAAAUAUGGACAUAUAACACAGGAAGACUUGAAGAGUGCAGUGGAAUCUCUAGACCUAUCAGUGUUAAAGACAUUUAUUUGUGGACCACCUCCUAUGAUUGAAAAAGUAAAUGAAAACCUCUUGGCAAUUGGUUUAGCUCAGAAUCAGCUGAUAUACGAGAAAUGGUGGUAGCUUUUAUUUUGAACUGAAUAUCAUGCAGGGUUUUUGUAAGAAUUCAUAUAUCAUUGGACUGUAUAUCAAUUACCUUUUAUAGGACUGAGUUUUAUAUAUCAACAUUUAUUUAUAAUAGAAGGUGAGUUCUGCUAGUAAGGGUCUCAUAUGUUAUCAGAUUACUGAGACAAUAAGCUCAGUAAGUUAUUUGAUGCUUUUAAAGUAAAUUAUAAAAUCUGGGCCAAUGAUACUUCAAACAUUAUCAUUGUAUUUCAAAACCUUUUCGUGUAGAACACAAAAAGGCUUCGAAAUACAGUGAUAUUGUUUGAAGUAAUUGUUGUUGUUGAUAUUCAUAAUUAUGUCCUUUGUAGAUGAAUUUAUACAGCAGUCAAUGGUCAGUGCUCACAGAAAAUGUAUAUUGUGAUGCAGAUAUUUAUUGAAAGUGUAAUUCAGUAUCAUAUUCAAAAGAUCUUUUAUUUAAAAAUUAUUUUGAAUAUGAUUUAAAAUCUUUCUUUAUACCUUUGGUAAUGCAUCAUAUCCCUGUAUAUACUAUUAAAUAUGUACAUAUUAUUUCUGUUAUAAGAAACUUAAUGAUUGCACAUCUAAGAAGCCAAGAUUGCUAGGACAGAAAUAUAAAAAGUUGACUCAUCUAUUGAAAGAUCAACAAUGGAGACACCCUAGGCUGCUCCUUUAAUAAUAUUGAGGAAUGUAGUCACAUUUUACAGUUUCGAAUGUUUACUGUAAUAUAAAAUAAUAUGCAAUGAUGUGAGAACACAAAAAGAUUAUUAUUUGAUUGUGGAUACAUAAACACACUAUUUUAUCACCCGAAUAGUAGUUAUGGAAAAAUAAUUUUGUGUAUUGAGCCAUUAUAGUUUGAUCAUUAAAAAAAUGCAUUUUGAUAUCUAGAUUUCUUUUGCAUGUUAUAGAGUACAAAAUUGUUAUUUGUCACAUAUAAUUUUAACAGGGCAACCCCUUAAAGUCGUAAACAGACUUUUGGACAUUGCGCCAUACCAUCCCAGAGGUCUAAUUUAUCCCGAAAUUACCUAAAAAAUAUUCUUCACUUUCAUCAACUCUACGGGAAGGUUGUACCAUGCUCCGGUUUAUAAAUUUCAGUCAGUUCUAAGCCUAGUAACACCAAGGCAGGACAUCAUCAGGAUUCCUCCUGUGUCCUGGACAAUAUUACGGGGAUAAAUCCCCUCACCUGGGUUUUCCUUACACCUAUAGUGUGUGUAGUGUGUGGGUGUACAUUCACCAAAUUGUGUCAGAUAUUAUGGUCAAUGCAUCUAGAAAAAAACAGCGUUUAGUUAAAAUUACAGCUACAUAGUAUAGUGCCAGAGUAACAGGGUGCUGUACGAAUGACCGUUGGUGACAGCACUUGACCUGACACUCGCACCCUCCCUGCACAGGAAUGUAGGGAGUUGAUCAGCAGUGGACAACCACUUCCGUGCUGUACCAAUGUAAUACCAACUACCACCCCCUCAACACUCCACUCUAUGGGAGAGAUUGAUUCCACUGAGCAUAGGGAUAUGAACAGUAUGGAUUCGCCUUUCAACCCAGAUGCUGAUGACGAGGGAUUCAAACUCAUUCAGACAAAAAAGAAGAAAAUGAAGACCUCAUCAUGUGACUCCAGGAACUUCACUGACAAACCAACCAGAGAAAAGACCAAACAACACGAACCCAUCCCCCCCGGGACAGGUACAUUAAACUGGCCUUUCUGGAGGACAUGUCUACUGUAAAUAAAAUCAGGUGGAUGAGGGAGGUCAGCCAAGAGGCAGGCCCGCUUGACAUGGUGCAGGAGAAAUGGACAUCCUCUCACUAUGUCUACGUACGUACGACGGGAACAACAAAACUACGUGGCCCUGAUGGUUAAUGGCACUUUCUCUCCAGAACAAAGCAAAAGAUACGGGGAAUACCUGGUUACCAGGUUUCCGAAGGAGGCCGUCUGGAUGUUUUAAAAUUCAGAGGAUUUACAAGGACGGACAGCCCUUAAAUAGGAUCAUCAUUGCAUGGAGAGGAGAGCCACCACCAUCUAAAGAAUUACAAGGUUACAAAGUAAAUUAUCUCACUAACUGUUCGGAUUUCUAUUGGGAUGUACCACACAACAUUGCUUCACAGAGUACUUUUCAAGCUCUAAUCCAGGGAAGCACAGUGUUUUGCUUGACAUCAAGUCAGCUUUUGACAUUGCUAACAGAGAAGUUAACCUAUAACAAUUAGUAAGCUUUGUCAUUUGGGGUAAAUUAUUGAGCUGGAUAAGAAUGUAUCUUUCGAAUAGAUCUGUGUCCUGUUCAGGAGAGCAAGUUCUUUUGAACUUGGGAUGCCGCUGGGAGGAGUUCUCAGCCCCAGGCUCUUAAGUGUCUUCAUGCACAAGCUAUUGGCAGAUAUUCCACUUGGGGAUGCUGAAUCCAUUAUAUGCUAUGCUGAUGACAAUUCGUCAGAACAUUAUAACAAAAUAGGAUGCAAAGAAUUCUCAACAAUCUCACAGGAAGGGCUCAUGAGUGUGGAUUAGUCAUCUCCGCUGAGCAAACAAUGGCUCUCAACCCAUGUAUCAUACCCUUACCCACUUUUCGCAUAGGUGACCAGGAGCUUGACAUGUGUCAUAAGCAUAAAUACCUCGGGGUGAUCGUAAAUGAUCCAGACCUGAUCCAUUCCCUUAAGAAGAGACUGGGAGAGAUUGAAACCGUUAAAAGUUCUUGUCGGAAGAGAACGUGGCAUCAAUGUUAAGCUCGCUAGACUGUUUUACUUGGCAUUUAUAAGGUUAGUAGUAGACUACCAUGCAAUGCACUUGUUGCAGUGUAAGGAAUCAGAAAUAAAUAGCUUGGAGGUAGUGCAAAAGGAAACUAUGAGUAUUAUCCCCGGCGCCCCAAGAACAGCAAGGAUAGGUAGUGCAAAAGGAAACUAUGAGUAUUAUCCCCGGCGCCCCGAGAACAGCAAGGAUAGGUAGUGCAAAAGGAAAUUAUGAAGAUUAUCCCCGGUGCCCCAAGAACAGCAAGGAUAGUGAACAUGAGGUCAGAAUUAAACCUAACAUCCAUUUC